AUGCGAAAAAUUGAUCUGUUUCGUACUCUUCUCGUUUACUGUUCACUAGUUGUAAUUAAUUUAAAAAUCAUUAGUGGUACAGCAACAUGCAAGGAGUUUAGCCUAAUCAAUAGGGGCUCAUUUGUAUCGUGUACAUCAUGGAAAAUGGUUCAUGGAAGUAAAUUAACUAUGAUAUUUUCUACUAAUACGGCGAACGGUUUAAUAUUAAAUGGAUACAGUGAAAAUUAUCUUGGCUUAUUAUUUUUCUUAACACUACGUGAUGGUAGGCCAGUUAUUAAUCUUAUAAGAGGACACCCUCAGCGGAAUUCAUAUAAUGCUACUAUUUCAAAAUGCGUUAGUGAUACCUUCAAUCACAUUUUAGAGAUACAGAUCGAUCACAAUAUCUUUACUAUAUCGAUCGAUGAUAUCCAACAUUCAGUUCAGUUAGAUAAGCCAUUACCAAGUACUUCUGUUAUUGCAAUUCAUUUUGGUAACGUUAGAUUACAUUCUAAACGUGAAUUUAGGACUGCUAUCGGCAACUCUUAUCGCCACUUUAAAAUGGGAUCAAUUAUUGGCUGUUUAAUGAGUAUUAACUAUACCAGCUCAUCGUCUGCAAUCGUACCUGUCAUACUUAGAAUGAAAGAUGUUACUACUAGCUGUAAGCCAUUCUGUGGAUCAUUUUAUCGUCGAUACUUUUGUUUAUCGAAAAAAAGUCAUGCGUUUAUGAAUAUCUGUACAAAGAGAUCAUCUCAUGAAAAAAUCAAGAAUGAUCAAGAAUUGCUUGGUUACGAAUUCACAAAGAAAGAGAUUUUGAGGAUCCGAACAAAAGCUAUUCAGUUCAGAUCCAUUGCUUUUCAGUUCAAGACUACUCUACAGCAUACAUCAUUAAUAUCAAUCUACUCGAGUGGAAGUAAUUUGAACUCUAUAUUCCAAGUUCAUAUUUUGAAUGGUAGAUUAGCUUUAAAAAUGCCUAAUAUGAAAAUGUUACGAAUUGAUCAUCAUGGCAAGAUGAAUGAUUACCAGUGGCACUGGGUCAAAAUCUUACAUCAUAAAAAUCAAACUUACCUUAUUAUUGAUUCAAAAUGGUCCGUUAUUGAAGCUGCUUCUAUAUUUAAAGGUAUGCUUCAAGAAUUUCAGUUGGGAAGUACUGCAAUAACGGCUUUCCAAGGAAGGAUUCGCAAUAUUGUAGUUAAUGGCCGUACGUUAUAUCCACGGAAUUCGGUCUCUGAUAGCAGACAGAAGAUUUUUCAAUUUAUUUGUUGGGAUAAAUUUGACGACAUUGAAGCAGGAGGGAUAAAUCAUUUUAUGAGUCAUAGGUCACCGAUAAUUCCGAAAUGUUCAGCUAGCAAUUACUAUAUCAAGGCUAUGUCAUUUCCGUUAAGAAACGGAUCAACAAUCCCACCUUCUUUUCCUGACUUUGUAAAAAUUAAGGCACCAACUCGCGAUAAGAAGGAAGAUAUAGUUCAGCUCGGCAGGCAAAGAAAGAUGGAAAUUAAUGAAACUAAUGAUUACAAUGUGACAACUUUUGAUCCCUGGAUAGAACUAGACAAUAAUUCAACAAUGAUAUUUCACGUUACCAUAGCAUUGGUGUCUAUAGGGGUUGCCAUUUUAAUUGCUAUAUUUGUGAUACCAGUAAUAUUAGUUAUAAUAUAUAGAAAUCAAGGCGUUUAUCAUACAAAUAGAAAGACUUGGCUAGAUGAUAUAGAAAUUAAGAAGCCCAUUUAUAUGAAGGUUGCCAUCGGUGAAGAGAUAUUGGUAUAA